AUGUCUCACCAGCUAAGGCCCUUUCUUGAUGAUUCAGCAAGCAGCUUUGUUGAGCGUCUGUUUGAAGCCCUUGAGGAAAGCAAAAACAGGCGUGGCAAUAAAGGAGCUGGAGAGAAGAACCGCAAAAGAGAGCUUAAGGAAGUGUUUGGAGAUGAGGUGGAAGGAGUGAAGGAUGGAGAUGGUGUGGAAUCUGCAGUAAAGAAGAAGAGGGUGCCUCGCUUUGAGGAGGUGGAGGAACCAGCUGUUUUACCUGGACCCCCUACAGAGAGUCCUGGCAUGCUCACCAAGAUGCAGAUCAAGCAAAUGAUGGAAGCAGCCACGCGGCAGAUUGAGGAGAGAAAGAAACAGCUAAGUCUUGUGGCUCCUGUCCCUAAUGUCCAGCCUAGAUUGAUUCCCUCUCAGACAGACUCUAGUGCUCAACAUCCCAUCCUUCCAGCAAUGGGUGCGACCCAGUCCAUCGCUCCCUCCCAGGCUGCUAACUUCAUGAAUGAUGCUAUAGAGAAAGCCCGCAAGGCAGCUGAGCUGCAGGCCAAGAUCCAGUCCACACUGGCUAUGAAACCCGGAAUUCUGGGUGCUUUGGGAAACACAGGGCCACAUAACCUGGUAGCCCUGGCUAACCUGCAUGCCAUGGGCAUAGCACCACCUAAAGUGGAACCACGCGAGGUCACAAAGCCAACACCCCUCAUUUUGGAUGAGCUUGGACGAACUGUUGAUGCCAGUGGGAAAGAAGUUGAGCUCACACAUCGUAUGCCCACUCUAAAAGCCAACAUCAGAGCAGUGAAGAGGGAACAGUUUCGGCAGCAGUUAAAGGAAAAGCCCAGUGAUGACCUGGAAUCCACGUCUUACUUUGACCCACGUGUGGCUAUCAUUCCUGCUCAGAGAGCCAAGAGAGGGUUUAGAUUCCAUGAACAGGGACGCUUUGAGAAGAUCGCCCAGCGCAUACGCACAAAGGCUCAGUUGGAGAAACUACAGAUGGAGAUUUCUCAGGCUGCCAAAAAGACAGGCAUACAGGCCUCCACUAAACUGGCUCUUAUUGCCCCCAAGAAGGAGUUGGGAGAGGGGGAGAUUCCUCACAUAGAGUGGUGGGACUCCUUCAUUCUGCCUUCCCAAAUAGAACUAUUUGCACAUACAAAUUUUGAUGAGGUGGAGAUGCAUGGAGUCACCAACCUAGUUGAACACCCAAUUCAGAUGGCCCCACCAGUGGAUAUAGACAAGCCAGUGACUCUGGGUGUGUAUUUGACCAAGAAGGAACAGAAGAAGCUGAGGAGACAAACACGCAGAGAAGCCCAGAAAGAGUUGCAGGAAAAGGUCCGAUUGGGUCUUAUGCCUCCACCUGAACCUAAAGUGCGGAUCUCUAAUCUGAUGAGGGUCUUGGGGACGGAAGCUGUGCAGGACCCCACUAAAGUGGAGGCUCAUGUUAGAGCACAAAUGGCAAAGAGGCAGAAAGCCCAUGAGGAGGCAAAUGCAGCACGCAAACUCACAGCAGAACAAAGGAAAGAGAAGAAGGUGAAGAAACUUAAGGAGGAUUUGAGUCAUGGGGUUCACAUUGCUGUUUACAGAAUCAGAAAUCUGCACAACCCAGCCAAGAAGUUUAAGGUGGAGGCCAAUGCAAACCAACUGUACCUCACUGGCACCGUGGUACUUCACAAAGACGUCAACAUCAUAGUAGUGGAGGGAGGCCCCAAAGCACAGAAGAAAUUUAAACGACUGAUGUUGAAUAGAAUCAAAUGGGAUGAGCUGAAUUCCAAGAGAGAUGAGCCUCAAGAUUCAGAUGAUGAGGGUUCCAGGAAGAAUAAUAAAUGCACAUUGGUUUGGGAGGGUACAGCCAAGGAACGUAGCUACGGGGAGGUUAAGUUUAAACAGUGUCCAACAGAAAGUAUGGCUAGGGAACAUUUUAAGAAGCAUGGCACUGAGCACUACUGGGACUUGGCUCUGAGUCAGAGUGUUCUGGAGACAACUGAUUGGACCCGCUACGGAAGAGCGGAGGUGGAUUUGGGAUGCUCUGACGUCGCCCUGGCCAGCAGCCAGACUGUACGCGUUUCCCCCGAUCAAGAUAUUGCUGCUGGUGUUAUGCAAGAUCAGAGAGGAGGGGGCUUCGGUGAUACUCAUGGCCCCGUGCUGGCCAAACCAGCCUUGGUUCCUAGACCUGACAGAGCUGCUGGUGGUGCCGACCUGGCUGAUUCCUGUCAGGAAGGAUCUGCUGUCUCAAGCGAGCGGCUCGGUGUGGCACCUGAACCCGGAGUUAUGGAGCCUUCAUGUGUGGCUGCUUCGGAGAUAUCAGAGGAGCUGAGCGCCCUGCAUUUUUGA